UCUUUGUCACAUUUGAUUUGCAUUUUAACUGUUGCACUUUACAAUACUUGCGUGUGUGUCCAGACUGCAGUUCCAUGUAUUCCUGCAGGAGUGUUCAGCUGCCCUCUAGUGGUCACUAUGCGUCCUGUUCCUGCUGACAUGCUGGAUGCAGCAGUAGAUGUUACUCGCCUCAACCUGCUUGCACAUGGACCUCCUGUACACAUAGGAGACCCAGCUCUCCUCGGAAUACAGGACCUGUCCAGACCACACUAUGGGGAGCAAGUACAGCUGCAGCCUGGCGAUGUCCCAGUGUUCUGGGCCUGUGGAGUGACCGCUAUAGAAGCAAUAAUCAGCAGCAAGCCUUCUUUGGCAUUCAGUCACUCACCAGGCUGUAUGUUCCUGACUGACAUCCCAGACUCGUCCCCUUCUUCUCCCACACCUCCACCCUCUGAGGGCUCAGCAGGCUCGCCCUCCACGGAUCACAAUCUUGAACUGAUUCCCUUCUGCUUUCUGGUAUCCCACAAUCCCUUGCUGUACAGUUUGGCAUCUCAGAGGGCCGUGGCAAAGAUCAGACAGCUGGAGACGAUUAUUGGAGAGGACCCAGGUCAACGAGGAAUCGGAGCUUUAUUUGUUCAGGAUGAACUUCUGCGCUCCUGUCUGGCACUCUCCCACGCAUUCUCUGUUGCCAUAACUACUGGCUUUCCAACACACUACAUGCACAGUCCCCCUGACGAGACUGACGGCCCCCCUGGAGCCAUUGCCAUGGCGACCAUGCUGCUGUCGCUAGGGAAGCGGGUGACAAUGGUGACGGACAGGAGAGCCUUGGAGAUGAACCGGGCCAUCAUUGAUGAAGCUGUGAGGACAGGUGUGCUGAAAACUGCAAUCCCAUUGGUCACAUUUGAAGACAGCGGCCCAGACUCUGCACUACACUUCCUGUGUCACCAUGGAGACCCCAGCAAGCCCAGGUACGACCACCUUGUGGCGAUAGAGCGCACUGGACGUGCUGAAGAUGGAAAUUACUACAACAUGAGAGGAGUAAACAUCAAACAUCUGGUGGAUCCCAUUGAUAACUUGUUUAUUGCUGCCAAGGAUAUACCAGGAAUAAUCACUACAGGAAUCGGUGAUGGUGGUAAUGAGUUGGGGAUGGGCAAACUGAAGGAAAAGGUGAAGACUCUGAUGUCCAAUGGGAGUCUCAUAGCCUGUGAUGUUCCUGCUGACUAUGCCAUCACUGCUGGGGUGUCUAACUGGGGAGGAUAUGCUGUGGUCUGUGGGCUCUAUCUGCUCCACACCUGCCCCUCCCACCAGCGAUACAGAAAGAAAGGACUGGGUUUGGAGAAUACAAUCCCCCAAGAACAGCUCCAGGACUGGACUGCUAACCUGCCAUCUGUGGACAAGGAGGAGUCCAUCCUUUCCACUCUGGUGCGUUUUGGGAUAAGAAGUGGGAAAACUGGUCAUCUGGCCAUGGAGGUGGAUGGUUUGACCUUUCACCCCACACACUCCGACAUCAUCACCAGACUCCUGGAAGUCACACUAGGCUGCACCACUCCAAACCUCUAAUUAACUUUUCCUGUUUAUUCUCAGCACUAUUUUUUUUUAAAGGCACAGAUCAAAAAGUGAAUUAUCUGUGUCUGUGAUUGAGUAUUAACAUCACCUUGAUACAAGUAGCCAUGUACGCUCAGAGACACACCUGAGCACGCAUACACACUCAUAUACAGACGCACAGGCUGUCAAUGUGCCAGAGGUGGCAUUCUGUUUCCUCUCUAUUCAGAUUGCCAUAAGGAAGUGAGAGAGAAAGGACUGAAUGAAAAAGAGAGGUGUGUGUGUGUGUGUGUGUGAGAGAGUGUGUGUGUGUGAUUUCGAUGCUGCCUUGGUUACCUUUCAGCCCUCUUCCUUGACUACAAAGCAAACUUCUCUCUCCCUCUGUCUGGCUCAGGCAUGAAGGAGUGAAUCAGAGCUCUGACACUAUUCUCAUGCUUUCAGAACAUUUUUAUCAGACAUACUUUGUAGGGGUGUAGUUGAUUCAUUGGCAGUAACUAGACGGUGGUGUGUGAAUAACUGCGAUGUUAUGGAUCUUUAGCACAGAUUUUCCAACUAUUAGAUGUUGUGUCACUUAAAUGGGCUGUGAUUUUUGAGUUUACCUUGUAAAAUGCAGCCGUUAGCAUGCAGACGGCUAACAUACUGCACUUGGCUGCUUUUCAAAGAGUUUCUUUUGUAUAUAGUCAGGAAACAUCUUAAAAAUAUUCGGCCUUAGCUUAGAUGCACUACUGAUGUGGAGGUCCUUUCGGAUGCAGCGAUAGAUGAACUGAACACGUCACAGAAUGCUGCACAACAAGUUGGAUCCAAACAUAAACUUCACAUGUGACCUUGAUCUUCAGAUGUAAAUAUCUGACAGCGGACUAUGCCUGCAAACGCAAAAGAGAGAAACACUUCAGAUGACUUUGGAAGCACACAAGUGUUUUGUCAUGUCCCUGUAACACUGUACCACUAUAUAUUUUGUGUUUUUGGACUAGUUUAUGGUACCCGAAUACAUCCAUUUACUGCAUUUCAAACAGUAAACACAUAUUUGCAAUUGCAUGCUUUUUUAAAUUUUAGAAAUGUGAUUUUAUGAAGGCGAAAACUACUCGUCCACUAAUUUUAUUGUUUUUAUUCAAAUGGUUUUAAAAUGUUAAAUCUUAUGAGAAAUUAUUUUAAAACCAGAGACACUGAACAACCCUUGUUUGGCAAUGUAUCAGUUGUUAAAAUCAAACGUUUACUCCCAAACGAAGCGAGUGCAGUAUCAGUCACACUCUGAUGAAUAUUAGUAAAAACUGUAAUAAACUUCAUUCCUACUUAGGGUUACAUUGAUGAUUUUAUAAAUAUUAAAUGCCGCUUAUUAUGCACCUUACCAAGUGAUUUACUUCUCAGCAACACUCCAGUGACUGUUUAUGUAGUCAGACAUUCAAUAAGUCUUGAACAUUGUUGUACAAUAUUGCUGUAAUUGAAGCUUUGAUUUAAAUGUUACUACCAGGAAAAUUUAAAUGUUACGUAUUGUAAUGUAAUUUAAAUAAUAAAAUAUGCCACUCAUCUGAAGUCUGUCUCAUAAAUGUUUAGUUUUUAUUCUUAUUUGCGCUACGGUGAUCUGUUGUGCACCUUUAUAGCAGUUGAGCAGGUUUUUGCCAAGUAGUACCUUUAUUAGUGUAUGAUCAAGCAGAGGCCCAUUUUAAUGCACAACUUUUUAGUAGAAAUAAACACAUUUACAGCCUGCUAAAAGAUAACCUUGGUCUCUAAAGCUAAUUUCCUCAUAGCUCAGGUGUGUUUGUGGUGUAAGUGCCUUUUGAAGGAUUCUUCAUGCAAAUAUUGGACCUAAAAUGCCUUGCUGUGAGGUAGUUGUACACCGUCCAAGAGGUCUGUGCUCCAGUUCUUUUGGAGAGUGAAAUUUAAGUUUUAUUUUAUUUGUUUGUUAGCACUAAUUAGCGGGUAUUGGUGUCUGUGCUCACCAUACAUGGCUUGUUAACUUAGCUCGCUGUACAAAGAGACACUCUCGGAGUCGGCUUUUGUACAGUAAGUACAUUACAAACAAGCCUGUUUUAAUAGCCAAAAUUUGUAUCCCAAUUAAUAUCCCAGUUAACGUGAAUUACAGAUGCACCUUUGUAAUAACCAAGCUAGCGUUGGCAUGACAAACUAAGUUACCAGCUAAUGCUACCUGGCCCCGUCGGUCCUCCCUCUUGUCAAACUCAAGGCUUCAAAUAGUCCACUAACCAAUAGGUGACAUCACAGUCACCUACAGUAUAUCAUCACUACGCCCACUUAUAAUCAGUCUAUGUGUAUGAUGGAAAUGACAAUACCUUUGUUUGUCUGAUAGGGAACUAGCUUUCUCAACAAGGCAAUGAUCAAUGAAGCGCAUCAGUGAACUAUGACCACAGGAUGUAUACAGUUCAUAUUAAAACAAUAUCUUAAAAGGUGCAAACUGUUGUCUGCAUGCAUAACAAAAUGGGACUCAAUAUUGAGCCUUGGGGCACUCCCUUAGUUUUGUUUAGUAACAUUGACAUAAUGCCACUUGUUAAACACUACACAUAACUUACAUGCUUCUUUCCAUUUCUGACUAAGCAAGACAUUUCUUUCCUUCAUGUCAUGGCAGUGCAAGUAGAAGAGUAACUACAAAUGCAAUAAUAUUUUUUCAAGAAAUUACAUUAAUUAUAGUCAGAAUGUGUGUGUGUGUGUGUCACAACCAGAGGGCACAAAGGGUUAUCCAGUUUGAAAAAAACUGAACUACCCUGUCCUUCCCAAUCAAUUCCCCUCGUCAUUGUCAACAUCCGAUCCUUUUCAGGGUUAGCACAAGAACUACAUCCGUGCAGUGUGUCUACAGUAAUAUCCUCAUUUUAUUUCCACCCUGCCUGGAGGGGCAAAUUGAUCUCCUGGUCAUAUAUGCUGCAGUUGCUGUUUCAUUUCUUGGCUGAAAUAGUGUUAAUAAUUUAGAUUGUGGCAUGUUCAGAUGGAUUCAGGUAGAGGGCAAAUCGUUGUGGAGAAAGAGAAAAACACAUUGGGUAAUAAGAUGGCAUGAACAGAAAGGCAAGACACGUCACUAUAUCAUUUUAAUACAGAAAACACUAGAAUUUGAAUACAUAAAGGUAUGUUGCUUUCUGUUAAGAUAGCUGCUUGUGCUGAACAUAUUGUUGUCAUUGUCAGCCUCACACAAAUGUACCAUCCUGCUCUUAUCUACGUUGGUGGAAUGUAUCAUAACUUUCAUUCUAAACUUAUUUAUUUUAAAAUAAAUGAGUAAAAAAAAUAUUGAAUUAAUAAAAAGCAUUCAAAAGGAAGUUUAGAGUAAUGUCAAGACUUGUAUAACAUAUUUCUGUGCCUAUCACAUUCUCUAAAUGUAAUAUUUCUCUUUUUUUUUGUCAGCUGAAAAUCCAAACACUUCCUAUCAUGAUGUUGCGCCGCUAGUGUGGAAGUAAUCUUUUGUUGAAGAAAACUUCACUCAGUUUCCAAAUGUGUGUAGCAUUUAGGGGGAUCUAUUGGCAGAAAUGGAAUAUAAUAUAAAUAAGUAUCUAAUCGUUGUGUUCCCGUUAUAUAAGAAUGAACAGUUUAUAUCUACAUAUGGACCCAGUUCUCUCUACAGAGCUGGGCGCCGUGUUUCUAGCCAAAAAAAGACAAACCAAACACACUGGCUCAAGAUGGGGCCAUUUGUGUUUUUGUGUCGGCCACAUGGUUCUCCUAUACACUUGGCACAUGGGAGCAGUUUCAGUUGGUUGCAAUCUGCAACCUCAUUGCUAGAUGCUGCCAAAUCCUACAUUCUGUACCUUUGAGUGGGUGAAGUAGGUGGGGAAGUGAGUGAAUGAUCUGGCGAGAAAGGCUGUGGAUCCAGAUGGCAUCAGCUCAAGGCUUCUCAAAACCUGUGCAGACCAACCGUGCAGGAUUGUUGAGCACAUCUUUAACCUGAAGCUGGGGAGAGUGGAAAGCAUCCUGCAUGGUGUCAGUGCCGAAGACCCCGCACUCGAAGGACGUCAACAGCCAGAGGCCGGUGGCACCUGAUGAAGACCCUGGAGAGGCUGGCCCUUGUCCAUCUUCACCCCCUUGUGAGUCCAAUAAACCUGGAAACUGGGUCGAUCAUGCUGUCAUCUACCUUCAAUGCCUUUCUCACCUGGAAAAGGCUUGAAGCCUUCAGGGAAAACAAAAGAGCCGGUGGUGUACUUCCGCAGGUGCAACCACUCUCAGGUGCACCAGUAAACAUCCAUGGAAUGGAUAUUGAGAUGGUGGGAUACGUAGGUCUUUUGGAGUGUAGGGAGCUCUCCUGAUGACCUUUUUCGACUCUGUGGCGGCAUCAGCCAUCUUUUUUGGCAUGGUCUGCUGGGGCAGCAGUAUCUCGACUGCCGACAGGAAGAGACUCACCAGACUAGUGAAGAAGGCCAGCUGUGAACACGUCCCACCCCAUGCAGAACACUCUGAAAGCACUGGGCAACUCCUUCAGUGACAGGCUGCUUCAGCCUGAAGGAGGUGUGAAGGAGAGAUACCAUCUGUGUUCUGACUAAGAGAUGCAUCUCAUACUGAAUGUAAAUGACUCUGUGCAGUAAUUGCAAGAAUAACAUUUUUUCCAGGUCCAGGUACUAACAUUUGUCAUUAAAGGAAUGUAUAAUGACGUUUUGUUUAAUUCACCUUGUAUUUGGGUGGAAGCAGAAAUCUCAGAGACAGAUUUGUGAAAAUAAAACUAACUAUCAGCAUGGUAGACACCAUCACAGCUUAUUGAGGUCUCAUAUUGCAAUUUCUGUGUCUCAAUGAGAAGAAAACAGCCAAUUACAAUGUGAUUUUAAGUCCUGCUCUAUGUUUAAUACAAACUGUAUCCUGCUCACAGAGUUUGGUAAAGUAGCAAGAAAACAAGCCUUAAAUGGAUACACUACCAGCCCUCCAUUCCUCUACGUUUCUCUUCUCUAUAGGUUUCUGACACUUGUGAUUUAUCCAAAGCAAAGAAAGAGCCACAGAGAGGGAGAAGCAGGAAAGACGCAGAUGUAAACAGCUGUGGUUGGUUUCCCAGACGGAGUUUGAAGAGCUGUUUUCUCAAAAACAUCCAAUUUGUCUCGUGACGUUAUUUCUUGACUGUGGGUGUACAACUGCAGUGACGGCAACUAAUCAGUUUCCGGUUGGAAGGCUAAAUGGCCUUGUGUGUAUACUUAGUGAUGUGUCAGAGGAACUGUAGUGAAAACAAAGCAGCCAUCUUUCAGACAUUUCAUUCAACCACUGUCUUUACAUGCAUAUUCUUACGCAGGCUCACAGGGGGCUGAUUGUACCUGGAGACACUGGGUGAUAGAUGUCACUUUGUAAAGAUCAUCUAUCCAUCACAACACCACGACACAGGCAGUGUGUGCUCCCAGUCUUGCCCUGCACAGUACUCGGUUUUUGCCCAACGGCUGUGGUUUCCACUCCAUUUAAAUUUAGCCCAAAAAACAGCAUGGUCCUCUUCUUCGAAUCAACAGCUUACACAAGAAGUUAAAUCACGUACCAUGUAGAACAAUAGCACAGCAAAGGAUGACUGACACACAUUUUUUUCAGAAGGUUGGAUCCUUAAAUUAUUGUCAAGUUUUACAGACGGAAACCUGGCUUCAUGCUUAGUUUACCCCUUUUUUGUAGACUUUGCAGGUCACUGGCAAGGGUGGAGGGCUAGGAUCUGUUUAAGUCCACCUUCCACUGUCAGGAGACUUCAUCUAAAACGUACUCCAGCUUUGAGUGGUAGCUACUUGAGACAAACUCUCAUUGUCCUGUGCCGUGCACCAAAGUUCAAUAAGGAUUUUAUACAGGACUUUGUGGUGGGAAUUUUGUUUUAUGAACGACUACAGUCCCUUUUUCUAAUGUUACAACUUGUAACAUUAGAACAAGGGACACACCACCUGCUUGUGAUUAACCCAAUAACUAUGUCACAGUUUUCUACUGUUUUAGAAAAAUGAUGGCUGUUGUGAUCUCGGUGCUGAGCUUGCCGCCCUUUUUGACCGCUAUGUGAAAACGUCCUUAAAUUGUUGAGCAACAAGAUUUCUGCUCUUGGGUUUUUACCCAUUUCCUUCGCCCCAGACCAUUCUAUUUCUCCUCUAUAUCAUAGUUGACCUGGCCUUUUGCUGCACGAUUCUGUAUGGUUCUUUCCGGAGCCAGUUUAGCCACAGACAGUUUGUCUGCCUUUGAUAGAGGAUGAGCUUGCAGCCACACCCAAGCUUUUUCUUUAAACUCGAACUCCAGUUUGGUCUUUUCAUAAUUUCUUUUCUAUCUCAUCCAUGCACAACCCACCCACAAAUUCUUGCAUUUCUCUAUGCUGAGCAAUUUUUGGACAUGAUAUAGAGUCCGGUGGGGGCUGUCUUGGCAACAACAUAGCUUCUUGCAAAGGUCUGGACAAGUUUAGCUCAGCCAGAGUCACUCCGGUGAACUGGGAAAACUGGAAUUCAGGUAAGUGUUUAUCCCAUUGCUUGUGAUUAUUUCCCACAUCAUCGUCAUAAUUGAUUGUGGAUGAUAGGCUGUGGUCUUUGUGCUUUACGUGCCAUUCAUUGCAGGUUUCCUUGUAGAUGUUUGCAACAAAUUGCGGCCUUGGUCUGAGAGGAUGUAGUCAGGAACAUUGAGUGACUGUGGUACCACCUAGCCAUUCCGAAGAAUAACUACAGAUAUUCCUCAACUGCCUUGGUCUUCUCAGGGUCCACUUGAACACCAGCAUUAGCAUGUGCUCAAGGAACCUGAAAGGUUGCUGGAGCAUUUUUGAGACCAAAAGGCUUGACCUUAAAUUAGUACAGGCCCAUAGCACAGACCAAGGCUGUAUUUUCCCUGCUUUCAACAUCCAUGUCGACCACAUGGCUCAACACAGAGAGUCCAGGAAUUCUUGUAUUGUUGGGAGUGGAUAUAUGCAUCAUCCACUGUCACAAACUUUAACUUCCUGAAAACAGAUCCUUCGAAUUUGAUAAAAUUUGUUGUCAAAACUAGUUUGACUAGUUAGGUUAAAACUCUUAACUGGAACUAAGUUAUUCAAGCUUUUAUUACCUCUCGGUUAGACAACUAUAAUUCUUUGUAUGUGGGUCGUCUCUUCAUCGUCUGCAGUUAGUAUGAAUUGCACAUAUUAUAUUGGCCUCCCACCGGCUUCCUGUCCGUUUCAUGAUUAACUGAGGAUUGACACCAAUUCAACUCCAGUUAGCUCAUCUCGGGCCGUCAGAGUGUUAAGUGUAGAUUUGUGUUAUGUACACAACUGCUCUGUAACGAUGAGUAUUAAUGUGAU